AUGUCUAGAGCUUCAAAACAGGAUAAAUUCAAGAAGCUCCUAGAAGCCAGAAGAACGGGUACCAUUGCCGCAGAUUCCUCUGAGGAUGAGGAUGGGGGAGCUAUUUACGACGAAGUCGACGAAGAAACGUUUCGUAAGCACAAAAGAGACCAGCUUUUGAAAGAUGACUUCAUCGUUGAUGAUACCGGUGAAGGAUAUGUAGACAAUGGAGCCGAUGAAUGGGAUGAUUCAACACGUCCUAACUACUAUUCAGACGAGGAAGAGACCACAACAAAAUCUAAGUCCAAAAAGCCAGCGAAGAGAGUGACCAAAGUGGCCAACACUGCGUCAAUCAAUAACUUUUUCGCGCCUGUCUCCUCUGCGCCAAAGGAACAAGCCUCUGCUGAAGUAGACGCAAGCAUUGACGAUAUUUUAGAUGAUUACCAAGGUCCACAGUCAAACAAAAGAAAGGCUUUUGGAAUCACGACGUCAAAAUCCAAGACUGCCUCGGGCUCGAAGUUUGCUUUCUCUACUACCUCAAGAAAAACGAAAAAACCAAAGCUUUCAGCUAAGAGCGAAAUCUCUCUAGAUAAUGAUUUGGAUGACGACAAAGAAUCCAUCAUGGAAAUUGAUGACACGGGGAUAGAUGUUGAAGGCAAGAGCCCAGAGCUCGAGGCUUCCACCACGCCGAUCCACUCGGAAAUUGUCAAAGAGGAAUCAAAGGAACCAGAAGAUGACAGCGAAGAUGAUGAGUUGGUUGUGAGAAGGAGACCAAAAGGAGCAGUGGCUGCGCCACAGACUACUUCUGCAACUAUAUCUGCUGUUAAGGCUUCUGAAAUCUUGUCAAGGGCCCUGAACUCUCUUCCACCCACACAAAAGAUCGAAAGUUCAAGUGUGCUCGAGGAAGACUCGAUGAAAAUGUUUUGGCUUGACUAUGCUGAAGUUGAUAGUACACUUUUGUUGUUCGGAAAAGUGCUCACGAAAGAAGGCAAUUGUGUCUCCGGUGUAGUACAGAUCAACGGCAUGGAGAGAGAACUCUUUGCUUUGCCCAGAAAGCAUAAAAUGAUAGACGGCGAAGAGUCAACUGAAGAAGUUACUACCAAAGACGUGCAUGAAGAGAUUGCUCCUCUCUUGAUAGAAAACUACGGGCUUGAUCUCCUUCGAGCAAAGCCUGAAAGAAUGCGGUAUGCAUUCGAGCUCCCCGGCGUCCCUAAAGAAGCCGAGUUUUUGAAGAUUUUACUUCCGUUUAAAACAAAGAAAAAGAGAGGUGUUGUGAUGCCAGCGGAGAUCGAGGGUGCCACCUUCCAGCGCAUUUUCGGUUGCAAUGCCAACAUGUUUGAGAGUUUUGUGUUGCAGCGUAAUGUUAUGGGACCAUGCUGGUUGGAAAUUAAAAACGCAGACUUCAAUGCCAUCAAAAAUGCUUCGCAUUGUCAAGUUGAAGUCGCAGUGCCAUCUGCAAGUUGUAUUACCCCUAUCGUCAACGCAACAAUGCCCCCACCUAAUCUUACAAUUACGGCACUCUCAGUCCAGACAAUCAUGGAUCCUAAACAAAACAAACAAGAAGUUGCUUGUAUCAGUCUUGCUACAUAUAAAGACCUCCCACAAGACGCUCCAAUCGAUGAAAACACAAAGCCAGACGAUCUUGUCACUCUCGUAAGACCGGUCGGUGCCUCCGGAUUUCCUCCAGGACUUGCGCAAGCCGCUAAAAAGCAAGAUAUCAAUUUGCGAACCUUGCCGAAUGAAGCUUCAAUGCUCAGUUGUUUUGCAGCGAUAGUGAAGACCGCCGACCCUGAUGUAUUUGUAGGACACAGACUAGAAAACAUCUCCUUGGAUGUCUUGGUGCAUAGAAUGCAUGAUCUCAGGACUCCAACUUGGUCUGCGAUCGGAAAGAGAAACAGAAAAACAUGGCCCGACAAGUUUGGUAGAGGAAAUGGUUUCAACAACAACCUUUUGAUCAGGGAAGUCUUUCAAGGCCGUCUUUUAUGUGAUAUUGCCAACGAGUUGGGUCAGUCUCUUACUCCAAAAUGUCAGUCAUGGGAUUUGCCGGAAAUGUUUAAAGUUGUUUGCAAUCAACAACUCAGUCUGGUGGAAAUUAAUUUUUCAAACCCCAAAUACGCAGAAGAUGCUAACUUCUUGUUAAUGCCUCUCAAAGAAAAUAUCAAUCAAGUCCUUGUUAUGGGAAGAAUCUCGUUUGCUUUGCAAAUCCUUUCCCUUUCAAAGCAAUUGACAAAUCUCGCCGGUAAUGCUUGGUCUCAUACGCUUUCGGGUACGAGAGCUGGUAGAAAUGAGUACAUUUUGCUUCACGAAUUCAAGAGAAAUAAUUACAUUGUUCCUGACAAAGAGGACAAAUAUCAUAAGAACACUAACCACCAGCAAGAAGCACAAUUGGAAAAUACUGAAGAUGAUGCUACUACCGUCACUUCAAACAAAAAACCGAAGUUUCAAGGUGGUUUAGUGUUUGAGCCCGAAAAAGGUCUUCACAAGAAUUACAUUUUGGUUAUGGACUUCAAUUCCUUGUAUCCUAGUAUUAUUCAAGAGUUCAACAUCUGUUUUACAACUGUCGACAGAGAUGCAUACAACAUCACACACGAUGAAGAGAGAGAUCUCCCAAGCAUUCCAGAGCGCGACAGCGAUUCGGGAGUCCUUCCAAGACUUCUUAACACAUUAGUUUCGAGACGUCGCGAGGUCAAAAAAUUGCUUAAGGAUUCGAGAAUCUCUGCUUCCGAAAGAGCUCAAUAUGAUAUUAAGCAACAAGCCCUCAAAUUGACUGCAAAUUCUAUGUAUGGUUGUUUGGGAUAUGUUGCAUCUCGUUUCUACGCCAAGCCCUUGGCCAUGUUAGUUACAAACAAAGGAAGAGAAAUUUUGAUGGACACUAGACAAUUAGCGGAGUCCAUUGGUUUGAGAGUCGUUUAUGGAGAUACUGAUUCUGUAAUGAUAGACACCGGUGCACUGACUUUACAAGAAGCUUUAAAGAUCGGAGAUGACUUCAAAGUGCAAGUUAAUGACAAGUAUAAAUUAUUGGAGAUCGAUACCGACAAUGUUUUCAAAAGAUUGCUUCUUCAUGCAAAAAAGAAGUAUGCCGCGAUGAAUGUCAGCAUUGACAAAAAGACUGGCAAAGAGGUAAGCUCCUUGGAAGUCAAGGGUCUUGACAUGAGAAGACGUGAGUACUGUCCUCUUUCGAAGGAAAUUUCUACGUAUGUGCUUGAGAAAUUACUUUCAGAUAUGGAUCCUGAAGAAGCCCUUUCGACUGUGUACGAGUAUCUCGAGCAGAUGGGUGAAAAGAUCAAGAAAAACGAAUUCAAAGUUGACAAAUAUCUGAUCAAUACCCGUCUCUCCAAGGAUCCUAACAAUUAUCCAAAUGGUAAAUCCAUGCCUGCUGUGCAGGUUGGCCUUCGCUUGAGGCUGCAAGGUAAAGUCAUCAAAGCAGGAAGUGUUAUAACCUUCGUGAUAACUGCCCCCACCGAAAAUGAUACCAGUUCAGUCGCAGAGAGAGCUCGUGCAAUCCAAGAAGUCAUAGUCAAAAAAGACACGUUUGUGCCAGAUAGUGAAUAUUACUUGGAAAAGCAGAUUUACAACCCAGUGGAGAGAUUGGUAAGUAGGAUUGAGGGAAUUGAUUUGAUCAGGGUUGCAUCUUGUUUGGGUAUCGACACUAGAAAGUAUGCCAUGAGACUUCGGAAUAGCGAUAAUCUCGAUGCCGACAUCGCACCAUUGGAGUCGAAGGUUUCAGAUGUUGAAAGAUUUAGGAGCUCGAGUUAUUUUGUGCUUAAAUGCAGAUGUGGACACUUAUUCCGUUUUGGUGGUAUUCUUAGCUCGAAAGAUUACAAAUUAACUUUCAAUGGUAUCAACUGCAGCAAAUGUGACUAUACCUUCAGUACGAUCAAACUCACUGCUCAAUUGGAGGUAGAAAUCAGGAGACAUCUAGCCCUUUACUACGCUGGAUGGCUUGUGUGUGAUGACUCUGCUUGUGGUAUUAAAACUAGACAAAUCUCAGUUUAUGGAAAACGGUGCAUUGGAGCUUCAGGAAAAGCACAUGGCUGCAAGGGUGUAAUGAGAUACAAGUAUAGCGAUAAAGCUCUAUACAAUCAACUCCUAUAUUUCGAUGCUAUUUUUGAUGUGGAGAAAGCCAAGAACAACUUAUUAAGACCGAUUCAUGCUGAUUUAAACAUUGCACCUAUGAAUGAAGGGCAAGUAAGUGCAUUGGCGGAGCAGAACAGAGCCCUUUUCGAUGGCUGCAAGGAAGUUGUUGGACGUUACUUGCAAGAUUGUGGUCGCCGUUACGUCAACAUCAAAGCAAUAUUCGAUUUCAUGCUUUAA